CGGUCCCGUCAGCAGAGCUCUGGCUCUACAGCGGCGGCAGCAGCGUCCUCUGGACUCGGGACGCGGAGUGAGCGGCGGCUCCCCAUCCUGCUUCCCACAGCACGGGCACGGGCAGGGGGGACAAGAACAACUUUACCUGACUCAUUUCGUGGAUCUGAGGAGCAGCACAAACUCCCCAAAACACACGAUCUUCUUCUUUUUCUUGUUUUUUUUAAAUGAGUAAGAUACUUUAGACAUGGCUUCAUCCGUGAGCGGCACAGAGGAGGUCCGGGUGUCGGCGCUGACGCCCCUGAAGUUGGUGGGACUGGUGUGCGUGUUUCUCGCCCUGUGCCUGGAUGUCGGGGCCGUGUUGAGCCCGGCGUGGGUCACGGCGGAUGAUCAGUACUACCUGUCCAUGUGGGUGUCCUGCUGGAAGCCCGUCAGCUCCGCGGAGUGGUCCUGCAACAGCACGCUGACCACCGACUGGCAGAUUGCCACACUGGCCUUACUGUUGGGGGGGGCGGCCCUCACCCUGCUCUCCUUCCUCGUAGCGCUGAUCUCCCUGUGCUCGGGCUCCAGGAGUCGCUGCUACAAGCCUGUGGCUGUCAUGCUGUUCUCUGCAGUGGUGCUCCAGGUGUGCAGCUUGAUCCUGUUCCCCAUCAAGUUCAUAGAGACAGUAAGUCUGAGGGUGUACCACGAGUUUAACUGGGGCUACGGCCUGGCCUGGGGGUCGACCAUCUUCUCUUUUGGAGGAGCCCUCCUCUAUUGCCUCAACCCCAAGAACUAUGAAGACUACUACUAAAACGUGUGAGACAAGAGGAGGAAUUGAGACUCUCUGUUUCACCCACUUUCCUCUCAGAAAUAGGAACUUUGUGUCUGUUACACAGUGCAUAACUACAGACUAAAAAAAAAAAAACAGAAAAUACAAAUGCUUAUUGUUAGUUUCAAGACUGGAAACGAGCUCCUCCAUUUGAUACUGUGAACUUGUUGUUGUCUCAGAGACUAUCCUCACUCAUUGGACCGAAGCCCCGUGCUGUCUCUCCCAGAAGGUUUGGCAGCAGACACGGCUGCGAAAAAGAACUCCAACCCAGCCAGUUUAAUUUGGGAGAGAAUGUCAGCGCUCAGAUAACACCGCGUCCCCUUUAAGUGGAACUCCAGUAGGUCUUUAAAUUUGGGCAGAAAAUCUGGAGGGAACAGAUGGAUUCGCUGACCCCAUACUGGGACGAAUCAAUGGACUAAUUAACCAAUCAGAGCAGAGAAUGAUGUAAACUCAAGCCAAUAAGGGAAGUCACACAUCCAGGGAGAGAAAUGUCCUAUUGAAGUUAUAGCAUGACAAAGUGAGGAAGACAGGGCACACCUAAGGAAAUGCUACAUUUCCCCAGAGUUACACUAGAAACUGGAAUUUGGCAAAGCCUUCUUCCUCCAGCAGAGUGUAAUAGAUUGGGUUAAAGGGUGUCAUGACGCUCCGAAAGAGUCGCUGUAUUUUCUUUUGUCCUAUUUAAAGCAUCAGAGAUACUGAUAAUAAACAGAAGCUACCUAAGGCAGUGAACACAUUCCACAAAUGAUAGCAUACUGGUGAGAGGUUAAUAAACAGCAGUCUAUCACAUGUAAACCUGCAGCAUAACCCAAGUUAUACCUUCUUUUUUUAAAAAUGGUUGUAUUAUAUGUAAGUAUGCACAUUAAGCAUAUUAAAGUAAUAUUCACAACAGGAAGACCAGUGGGAAGGAAGAUGGCAAAUGACCAUGUCUGCCGAGUGUGCACGCACGUCUGCAUGAUCAUACCACCCAGCAUGUGCUCACACAGCUCCCCAUGUGAUGCCUCCUUAUCUUCUCACCCUGUAGGAAAUGGGAAUGCUUGGUAGAGUAAACACCAGUAAGAAGACAACAAAUUUCAGAUAGGGAGAGGCUGUAGCAGAAAAUUAUUGUAGUUAUCAGAAAAAGUCAGUAUAUGUAGUUUUUGCAUCUAAAUUAAAGGUCCGUGAUAAAGUACUUUAGGAGAUGCCAGAGUGCUAUGUGCCGUGCAUGAGUAGUGUUACGAGGACUGUGAGAAUCAAGUAGAAAAUGGGAAGUUUCAUACCUGAGCGAGAGGUGAGACCUGUGGCGGCGGAGGACCUGCGGUGGUAAUAUCUGUCUUCUCAAACUUCGUUCGACAGGGUCAGAAACUUCUCCAACUUCCUCUGGCAACAUUAGUGAAAGUGAGAGUGUGUGCAUGCCACUACCAUUUGCUGCUGUGUUUCUGAUUCCCAGGGGUAUGAUUACUUACACAAUAAACAUGUACUGGAGAAAAA